GAGCAGAGUCGUGCUAUCAAUACUGCACAUCAAGUCCAAGAUGAGUGUCAGAGUCGUCGCGCGUGUACGACCUCUUCUCAAGUCCGAAAAUGACAAAGACCAAAUCGUAACCAGCCAUACCGGCGGAGAUGGCAACAACACGAUAAUCAAGAUACCGAACCCCAAAAAUCUGUCCGAGGAGUACAGCUUCCAAUUCAACAGUGUCUACGAGCAAGAUGCUACUCAGCAAGAGAUCUUUGACACCGAAGUCGCUCCCACGGUCAAACAUCUCUUCCUCGGCUACGAUAUCACAAUAUUCGCCUAUGGCUCAACGGGAACGGGAAAGACACAUACAAUGCGUGGUGGAAAAUCACUCGCAGACAGAGGCAUGAUUCCGCGACUGCUCAGCAACAUAUACAGAAAGAGUCGGGCCAUUGAGAAGAGCAGUAAUGGCGAGACGACAGUGGCAGUGUCCAUGAGCUACUACGAAAUCUACAACGACCGAGUCUUUGACCUCUUCGACGCGCCCGAGAAGCGAACGCUGACCGGUCUGCCCAUCAGAGAAGCCGAAGGUGGCAAGACAGUCGUCGUAGGAUUGACAGAAGUCCCUUGCGGAUCACUGAAGGAUUUUGAACUCCUCUAUGACAAGGCCAACGCCAACCGAAGCACAGGCGCAACCAAACUGAACGCUCACUCCUCUCGAUCUCACGCCAUUCUUUGCGUCAAAGUCACGAUAUCAAGUCCCACGGAAACAAGAGUUAGCACUGCUUCGGCCAUCGACCUUGCUGGUUCUGAAGACAACCGACGAACAGGGAAUGGCAAGGACAGAAUGGUCGAGUCCGCGAGCAUUAACAAAUCCCUGUUCGUAUUGGCUCAAUGUGUCGAAGCUAUCAGCAAGAAACAGCAACGAAUUCCGUACCGCGAAUCCAAAAUGACACGAAUCCUCUCGCUCGGACAGAACAACGGCUUUACAGUAAUGAUACUCAAUCUCGCGCCGACCAAAGCAUUCCAUCUCGACACUUUGAGCUCUCUGAACUUCGCCAACAGAACCAAAAAGAUCGAGGUCCGUGAGCUCGAAAAUGAACCCAUCUUCAAAGGUCCACCACGACAAGUUGCUGGGGCACCUCUAGGUGGCCCGACAAUGCAACGUCAACCACUGCGACCACUCACAAACAGCAUCAACGUGAAUCUCAUUGCCACCCGAGACAAUAGUGGGAAGAAUGAGAAACCACCAAAAGCGUUCUCAGUCUUCUCCGACCUCAACAGAUCCGCCAUAGCCAGGCCUCUCCCUCAGAAAUCCUCCCCGCUCAAACGCACGGCAGACACAUCCUUGACUGCCUCAACCCGACCGUCCAAAGCGUCGCGGCCGACGCCGAACUUCAUUUGCCGAGGCCCUGAACCCGCCGGCAUGACAAAAGCCUCGAUCGAAUCUCUAGUGGAACAGAAAGUCUCGGAGAUCCUGGCUGCCCGCGCACUGAACGCACCAGACCCGGUGCCGACGAAGACGAUAUCGGAAGAAGUCCAGCGCCGGCUGGACUCAAUCGAGAAGCGACUCGAGGGUCAAGAAGGCGAACGCGCCGAGGGUCUCAGUUACUUGCUCAUGGCGAAGCAGCAUCAAGCCAGGGGUGAGGACUUGAGUGCGCUGAAAAUGUACGAGCUGGCGCGGCCGUAUUUUCCGGACAAUGAGAAGUUGGCAGGAAAGAUUGAGAGGUUGAAGGAGAAGGUUGCGGUACGGCGGCAAGAGGAGACCUCGGCGGCAGUCAAGCCAGAACCGGUGAAGCGAUCGUCAAAAGAUGAGGCACGAGAUGAUCACGACGGUGAUGAGAGCUAUUAUGACGAGGGCGCAGAGUCAGCGUACAAAGACAGUGACGAUGAUGACGAAUCGUCCCAACGGGGCAGAACCAGGAAACCUAAGCCGAAGCGCAGAAUGAGGGUGUCGUCGCCCAAUCCCCUCGGUCAUGAUGACAGCCAUGCCGACGCUAUGACUCCUCGCACGCGGUAUCUUCUCGACGUGCUCAAUACGCGCGACGUGGCCAAGAUCAAGUCUCUGUGUGGUCUGGGCGCGAAGAGAUCAGAAGGAAUCGUGGACUUUCUCAACGGUGAAGAAGAAAAUGAGGGAAUCACGUUGAGUUCUUGGAAUGAUCUGACGAGACUGCGUGGCGUAGGAAAGAAGACGCUUGAGACGAUGAGGGAGGGUGUCGUCGUAUGAAAUGUAUUUCUUUAUUCUGGUUGGAAUUUCGUGCUCCCGUGCCUCACUCUUUUGUGUGGCAACGAUGCACUGGUUAGGUCGCGCGUUGAGCUGCAUUGAUUUGCAUAGCGUGGCGUUGGAACAUGAAAACAUGCUCGUCCCUUGGUUUUGUCGGGACCGCCUAGGACGAGGUCUGUUGUGUGACAUUAAUUUUGAGGUUGAUUGUGCUUGCGCUUCCAGUCACAUGCGACCUAAUGCACACAGCGAUAGAUGUGCCAUUCCCGCGAACCAUGUGUAAUUCUUCUUGGAUAUAAUCGAUU